AUGGCGGAUCUUCGGAACCGUCGCGCACGGCUCACCUCGGCGUACCAUGAGCUAGGGAGACAACUUACAUCGGGAAAGUUUACCAUCAUCGGUAACUAUACGCUGCAACGUACUAUUGGGCAGGGGACCUACGGAAAGGUCCGCCUCGCGACUCACCGCCUCACCAACUCGCGCGUCGCCGUAAAACAGAUUCCCAAAGAGCACGUCGCGAGUCUCACGAGAGAAAUUCACCACCACAGGCGCCUGCACCAUCCGAAUGUUUUGCAGCUGUACGAGGUAAUCCAGUCCGAGUCGUGCAUCUGGAUGGUGACGGAGCUGUGUGCGGGGGGGGAGCUGUACGACUACGUCGUCGAUCGCGGCUCGCUGUCGGAAUACGAGGCGCGCGAUUUGUUUGCGCAGUUGUGCUUGGCGGUGGCAUACAUCCAUGCAAAUGGUAUUGUGCACCGCGACCUGAAACUCGAAAAUAUCCUGCUCGACGCGCACAACCGCAUCAAGCUCAGCGAUUUCGGGUUCACGCGCGAGUACGAGCCCCACCAGCUCUUGCGGACACGGUGCGGAACAACGGCAUACGCUGCUCCUGAAAUGCUCGCGGGAAAGCGCUACCAGGGACCCGAAGUCGAUAUUUGGUCGCUCGGCGUCAUCUUGUUUGUACUCCUCUGUGGAUUCCUGCCGUUUGACGACGACAACGAGGUACAGAUGCAGUGGAAAAUCGUGAAUACGCCUUCCGUCAUCCCGACGACCUUAUCGGACGACGCGCAGAACCUCUUGCGUUUGUUGCUCAACAAAAAUGGGUCAGAACGGCCGACCAUUCGCCAGAUCCUCUCUCACCCUUGGUACACGCGUCCCAGGACCUCGCUUUCCGCCUCGCGCUCAUCCUCCUUGGACCUGCCACGGUACCCCACAUUGCGCCCUUUGUCUCCAACCGAGUCAGAGAGCGUGGGAACGGGGCCUGUCAACUACCUCGCGAUGCUCACCCAGCCUUUGUACGAACCCUUCGAGGGGGCUGUCGAGCAGCAGCUGUUUCACUCGCUUCAGAUGCUCGGUUUCGCCGUCGGCCAGAUCCGGCACAGCGUGCAGACCAAUGCAUGCGACGCGGCAGGCGCCUUAUGGUGGCUCUUGCUCCAAAAGGCGAAAGAGGCAUCCGCGCCACAGACCCUCGCCUUGGGCAUUACGGGCGCCGAGACCCCGGUCCAGCAAUCGACCGAGUCACUCGUGCCGCGGAACCUGUCGGUGACGCAGCGCGACAGGACGUCGCAUGAAGGCGCUGCACCGGCGCUCCGCUCGCCCGAACCUGUUGCGCCCCCAAUGCCGCUGAACAAGCCUCCCGCGCCUCUUGAAUUGCAUGCGCCCCAUCCCAUUUCGGGUGCAGCCUCUUUUGCUAGCGAGGAGAGCACAUCCAGCCUAAAAAAGCACCGCUCGAUCAUUUCCUCCGUCAAGUCGUGGCUCAAAAAGGACCGCAAGGACUCGGACUCAGACGACCUGUCGCAGCCACAUUGGACCUCGGAAACCGUAAACGAGACACCGUUCGUGGAAGAGCCGGGAACAGCACCGCUGGCGCCCCCGCUCCUACCUUCGAUGCUCGUGUCGAACAACACGUACGGCCUGGCGCCUACGGCGGGCCGAUCCGGCGCCGUCACACCAUCCGACUCUCUUUCAGCAGAGCGGCCGUGCGCGCCUGAACUGAGCCCAGUCCUUGCCUCGCGACUGCUCGACACGCCGUCUCUGCGUCGUACAUCGAGUUUGGCGAGACCGGGAAGUGCGUACGGCCGUCGCGUCUCGGUAGGCAGCGCAACUUCGACGCCGCUGCGCAGGGAGCGAUCGUACAGUCUACACAGCCGGCAGUCGUCGUGGGGCUCGGGGCACCUGCGCAGCCGGCAAUCGUCUUGGAACUCGAAUCGGCCAGUACGCUCUCGCCGCGGCUCCGAGUCGACCGUGUUCCGCAAGCGUGUGGUCCCUCAGCGUGGUUCAAUGCGUGUGCCCGACUCACCAGCGCAGCUGUCGCGCCGCAUGUCGGUGAUGAGCGAAACGAACGACACGCGCCCUACGCGCCCGAUUUCCAUGGACGAAGAGGCGCUCGCUUCCCUCCAGCGGUACGACAGCUCUUCGUCGGUGGCCAAGGAUGCGCCCACGACGCUGUUCUUUUCACGGCGGAAUCCGUCGCCCUUCCAACCACCGCGACCGCUGCCGCCGGCCUCGCCCCGGACACGUCCUGCACUACCGCGCAAUGUGGGAGGAUCGAGCGAGACGGAGCCCAAGGUCGUCUCGCCGCCUGCGACAAUCCCACGCAAGAAGAAGGUCCUGGCGCCUCAUACAGAGGACGACUGGAUCGACGAAGAAAUACAAUAUGCGGGUGGAAUCGGACAGCUGAAUGAGCAUGUACCACGCCCUGCAGAUCCAACGAACCCAGAGCAGCAGCGCCAGCGGCGCGGAUCGCCCUGCCCGCCUCGCAUGCUGCGCCCCACUCGUACUACAGACGACGAAAUGCCCAAGCCCUUGCCUGCAUUGGACACGGUCCUAGGCGCGCCUGUCGCGAUGCGCGCCAAAAAAAUUCGACGUGAUAUGCAAGCACCCGUCAUCGAGGAGGAGGAGCCAUAG